AUGCCCACACUCUUUCCUGACGAUUCGGAGGCCCUUGCCGCGCUCAUCGAGGUGUAUGGAGAGGGGAUAGUCGACCAGUAUGCAAAGGCGACGUUUCCCACUGUUCUGAUCAAGCUCAGGAACCUGACUGCAAAGAACGCGUCCAAGUGGAUCAAAAUUCAGAGGUUCACGGACUGGAUCGUCACAGCCAGCCAGGAUCUGGACGACACCCUUCCCGCCGGCCAGAACAACACGGCUCUCGCCCUCGACAGCACUCCUUUAGCUAGCUCAGGAACGCCUUUACGCUCUCGCGCGAACAUCCCCUUCAACACGCCUAUCAACAACACCUUGCAGACUACAUCGAUGGAGAAUAAUGCUGCGACCAACGUCGAUGUAUGUCGAAAGGGUAGUAGACUGUGGGCUGGCACCAUGAUCGCGUGCGCUCUGACAUCCCUGUCCACAUCAACCGUCCCUGGGGUCUCACGAAAGCGCCGUGCAGCAAAGGAGGCGAUAGCGGCAGGCGGUCCCGCCACCACGGACUACAUGACCUCCUUGUCGAUUGUCUGCCCUAACCGCGGCAUCGUGGACUGCAAUCCUGCAAGCAACUCACCACGGAGCUGCUCUAGAGUUGUGCUUGCCCUCCCCGCUGCUCAGGACAACAAGCUAGAUGAGCGACAAUUCGCUCAGGCGGCUCUAUAUAUCGACUUCAAGGACGCCGGCAUUCCCAUUCCCGAACUGGCGCAUACAUCCAACUCAUCCCGGAUACACCACCUUGGCGUCUACAGUGGCGAGUUGACGCCCAAGCGCUGCGAUGUGCUUGGCGACAACGCGUGUCUGUGCAAGCAUCAAUCGAACUCAUCCAUGGUUCGGGCUAUCGGAGAAGUACAGCUUGUACUGAAUGGUGGGAUGCGGACCUUUGUGGCGUUCAUCAGCGAUGCCGGCACGGCCACGCUUCUUGCGUGUACUGCCAGCUCGCUUGUGUACCCCAAGGCCUCCCAGAGUAUGCCGCCGGAGGAUCAGGGACUCGUGACUUAUCGCUGCGUGCACACUUGUGGCCCUAGAUUUGCUUGUCCUUGGGCCAAAACAGAUUCUCAUACCAGUGGCCGCUGGAGCCACAGCAGAGUCCAUCGAAGACACAAGGAACCGAACCCGCCAGGAUGCGAGAGCGGUCGUUGUUCCGGCUACAACGUGAUAGACAGACAGGAGUUGAUGAUCCCGGUCGACCCCCGUCCCCUGGCUUCCGAGGCACUGCGGCAUGCAAACAUGACCGUCUUGUUUGUCGCGGACCCCGUCCUGGGCCGCAGCGUGCAUGAUAUCAAGGACGACACGACGACGUUCUUACAUGUUGGCGUAGAGAACGCCACUCACGCGCAGCUCCUCGAGCUUGAGGAAAUCGCGCCUGGGUCCGUCUCAUCCCAGCUUCCGCCAGGUGUUUCAGCGGACACUGACCCGCCUGCGGGUGUGACGACAACUACGGUGGCUAUGUGGGAGUGGGUUCGAGCCGCGGUUGAGCUCAAGAAAUUUGGCGCAAAGGUUGUGGGGCUUCCGUACGACAUCUUCAUCCGCGCGAUGCUUGACCCGAUACGCAAUGCCGACGUCUUCAGCGCCAUGAAAAAAGCCGACUUGAUACUGGGUGAGAAGGCGGCGCUGGCCUACCACCUCGACAUCAUCUCGCGAGGGAUGGAAACGUUCAGACCAUUCACUAUGGCCUGCAACGACGAGCAGAUCAUCGCCACGAACGACAUGGUCUUCAAGCGCAGUUUCUCGGCAAGGUCCGACCAGGUCAUCAUCAACAGGCGGGCGUCAGGCGACCGCGUGACGCGAGACCGCACACAAUUCGACUUCAUCAACCGGAGUUGGAUCAAGCAGGCGUUCCUGAAGGAUUUGAUCGCUCCCCGCUUCGGCGAACUACGAGCAAAAGUUACGGCGCCAACGCCUGAUGGCCACAACCAGACAUGGAGCCGACAGACCGGCGUCCAUCACGACAUGCAAACUCUGACCGACGGGCAUGAAGAGCUGCGCGAAUUCGUGCUCGAGGUCGUACAACGGCUCGUGGGGCUGGAGAAGAAGAUGUACGGGAGGACACACUCGGACCUCGAACUCUUCUGUCGGGUUGACAUAGGCAUCGUCUGCAGCGGUGGAGCUGCUCAUUACUUCGUGAACGAAGUCGAGAGGGGAUUGGCGACCUGCAUGUGGGGUUGGACACAUUGGCCGGAGGCAGUUGGAGAUUUCAAGCGGGUAGCGUCGAGGCUUCCUGAGUUCGUGAGCCGGGUGAAGGCUACGCAGGCUCCUGAAGGGGUACUUUGA